CAAGAUGAAAGGAGUCUGAUGUACUAAAAACAAUGCAGAAGAAGGUGCGUGAUGUAGUUGGGUUCCACCUCGUCGCAAGUAAGUAAUUGUAAUGGUGUUCCAUCUGCAUCAACCUGCAAGGAAUUUAACACUGUUUUUUUUUUGUGCCCAACGAAGGCGAAAGCGAUCGAACUACCAAGGUCUAGGAUCUUGGUUUUCCGACACUGCAUCAGCGAUGUUGAGACUCAAUGAAUCUCAUGACCGAUAACCACACAAUAACAAAAAAUGACAGGGGUGGUCCUCUAUGAUGAUGUGGCAGUACCCUACUUUGUUCAAGAAUUGCUGACCCUACUUUGAAAUUAUAAGCACGCUUUUUAAUUCCACGUUCUGGGUGCGAUGUACCUGUAGUACGGCAUUCCAAGUAAUAUUAAUAUAAGUACAUAAUCUUCCCCAAAUACAACUAACAGGAGAACAAACAGCUACAGCAACACCGAAUUGCCUAUGUAAAGAAGUAAGUAACCUCAAGUCCAAGUAUAAAGUUUUUGAAUUUUUUGUGAUGACCACAUUAAAAUGUUGACAUCUUCAUCAGCCGGCUGGCGGAUGAAGGUACGAAUACCAGCUUCUUGGGAUCAUGUCCUCGGGUGGAGCAUGACAACUGUUCUAUGGUAGUUCGAGUUGCUGCAUUUUUUUAAGAACGCCUUCUAAUUACAACGCAUUCAUUGCUGUUUUGUUGCUCGUCAAGACGCAGAUCUGACGUGGUUGUUCCGAUCGUAAGCAACAGUUACGUCUUAAAGUUAGCGCCGACUUGUUCAACCAAAAGCGAGCUGUUGAACACUAUAGCAAGCGACGUCUUGAUAGAUUGGUACUGAAACAGCGACCGCGCAGUAGAAGAAGUUUUUGCUGUUCUACAACGAGGAGAACGACUAGUACCAACACGCUUGCGCACCACUUCUGUACUCUGCCUGAAUAAGCGAAACGCAGCUGCAAGACCCACACAUCCUAAAAAUACAACUUCCUCCACUUCCAACUAAGUACCCAAAAACAAGACUCGAUCUUCUUCCCACAUCAAGAAGAUGCAAGGCCAACACAGGACAACAGCUCGGCUCACGCCGAGCGAAGCCACGAGGCUUGAUAAGCAAAUCGCCCAGGUCCUGGACAUGAAGGAAUUGUCAGAGGCGGAGACGAAGGUAUGAAUGGUUGUAGUUUGAUUAUCUGCUCUUCAGUAGAAGAACUAGUACAACUAGGAGCUAUCUUCCAACAACGACCUCAUGCCAGGCACAUCAAUCAAUCAAUCAGAUGAAAGACGAGGCACUCGUCUUCCAGGAGAGUGUACGGCUGUGGUGUUUGGUAUGGCCUGAAUUCGAUCACAAGGGUUCUCUUCUUGUUUUCCCUUAUGAUCCAAUUCAGGCUAGACCAAAUACCGGAAGCCGCGUACACAGUAGAACUAGUAGGAGGAGUGGCCAUCAGAUGAAAGAUGCGGCACUCGUCUUCCUAGUAGUUCUAGAGAAUGAUCUUGAGGAUCUUGAUUCAACACUAUAAUCAACAUGUUGGUGGCCAGCUCUUAUCUUUUCAACCCCACUACAACUACAACAUACAUUGUAUGAUCUUUCCACAGGAGGAAAGUAACAAUUUAUUGUCUCAACAUCAAUUUAUCAUCUCUCCACAGGAACUAACAAUAAGAACAAGGGAGAUUCUAGCGGAGGAAUCGAACGUUGCAAUAGUAAAAUGUCCAGUGACAGUUUGCGGCGAUCUGCACGGGCAAUUCAUAGAUUUGAAGGUAUCUUUAGAUUUCAAGUAUCAUCGAUUUUUAAGUAUAUCAAAAGUACGAAGAACCUUUAAUCGAAACGUCCAAAAGAACCUUUAAACGAGACUCCUCAUCCAACGAUACUACAACAGGAACUAUUCACAAUAGUCGGAUCGCCACCAGAGACGAACCUGCUGUUUUUAGGGGAUUACGUAGACCGCGGUUACUACUCAGUGCUCACGGUGACGCUCAUGUUUCUUUACAAGCUCAGGUAGUACUACGUUGCGUUUUUGCUCAUUAUUUUUUGGUCCUAGAAGAAUGAAUCAGAUUCAUUAUUGUCCUCGAGCCAUCUUUCUAGUCCUUCUAGUUCUACAACUUCUACGGAGCAGGAUGAUACAACAAAAACGGCAAUGAAUUGUGAAAACAGUUGUCGAAUGUUGUUUCGUCCCAUUUUCAACAACCGGUUAGUUUUACCUCUAGAGACUUAGCCCUUCCAACAAUACAAUAUUCUCUAAGGUAUAGAGACAUGGUAUGCAUAAUUCGAGGAAACCACGAGUCAAGGCAAGUUACACAAGUCUACGGCUUUUUUGACGAAUGCGUGCGAACCUACGGAAGCUCGGAGAUAUGGAGGUCAUAUGUUAGAAGUUUGGAAUCACGCAGCUUUCUUGGGUUGUCACGUGGUUCGCAAAUGAAUGAAUGAAUAUAUAAUAUGGGACUCUUCAUCUUUACUUCUCCUUUCAAAUUACCUAUCCUCAUUUAAUACAACUCCUUACAGGUGUUUUACCGACGCUUUCGACGCAUUGCCGCUUACUGCCCUUAUCGAGGACCAGAUUCUGUGUCAGCACGGCGGAUUGUCACCAAGUACUUUCUUUUUAGCAAGUUGCAGUCCACAACUACCUCACUACAGCUUGUUGUUUUACAUUAUUCAAUGUUGUCAAAAGCUACCUCCCGAACAGGUAUGGUCAUGGUCAUGCACUUCAGGUUCGACCCUUACUGGCCUUUUUUGAAGCAAAACUUACACAGGUAAAUGAUUCAAUCAAUCAAUCAAUCACCUCCAUUAAAGAACAUUCCAUUAUCUUCAGGUAUCGACACGCUGGACAACAUUCGUGAAUUAGAACGCAUGGUAGAGGUUCCGCAUGAAGGCCCAAUGUGCGACAUUCUAUGGUCCGACCCAGAUGAGCGAUGUGGCUGGGGAAUAUCCCCACGCGGAGCAGGAUAUACAUUUGGCCAAGAUGUUAGCGAAACGUACUCCUACUUCAUAAUCAUAUCCGAGCUUUUUCAUGUAGUAGCAUUAGAAGUACUUUAUUUACUGACUCACCUCUACGCUAUCGUCGAGGAUAGCUUAUGUUGAAAUGAUCUUACUAUUACUUUGUGUGAUCAUCACAACGACCCUCGUGCACGACCAGCGAGUCCCUCUCUUUCUAAGUAGAAUUCUAUUAUGAGGAAGCUGGAAGCACUAGCACCUCUAUAACGUUAGAAUGACGUGAGACGAGGCACCGUGACAUGAUAUGACUUCUUUCACCCAGUAGGAACUAAAAACCUCCUCCUCUGACUUCUUUCACCCAGCAGUUGGAACUAAAAACCUCCUCCUCCUCCUCCUCCUCCUCCAAUGUGGCUGUAAAUCAAAACAACAGAUUUAACCACACCAAUGGAUUGAAACUGAUUGGACGAGCCCAUCAAUUGGUGAUGGAGGGGUACACAUGGAGUCACGAAAGGAAUGUUGUCACGAUUUUUUCAGCACCAAAUUACUGCUAUCGAUGUGGUACGAGCUUACUUCUUUAUUCUUCGUGUGCUGAGUUUACUUACUCUAUGGGACACUUAUACAUAGCUACGCAAGAGCUCGUACCAUGACAUGAUCUAGUAGACGAGAACGGUCGACAUAUUUUUUUAACAACAUCAGUUCUCGACGUUCUCGUUCUCCUGCUGCUUAUUUUUGAGCAAUUACAUCUUACUUCAAACGAAAGAUUCGAGACUAAACACAUUCAUUCUUGUCCUCCCUCUCUAAUAUCACAGGUAACCAAGCAGCAGUGAUGGAGAUAGAUGAACAUUUGAAGUAUACGCUGCUGCAAUUUGACGCUGCGCCAAGGGAGCUCGUAGAUGGCGCACCCGAAGCCAUUCCCCCUCCAAAGAGGGUGCCAGAUUAUUUCAUCUAAAGUACGUGAUAUGUUGUUUUUAUCCUCCCAAGGGAUUCAUCUCUCGUCCCACCUGAGCAGGGCGGAGCGAGACGACGAGGAAUACAAACGCAUUGUCCUGCUCCGCAUACUCAUCCCCAGCGGCAGGAUAAUGUCGACAAAAACACUGCUUAACAACCACUUAGAUUUCUCAAUUUCUUCUUCAACUCGUCAACAUGUUAAUAUUCUCGAUUUAUAUUCAUCUAGUAGAAUCUUCAGCUUCUUCGAUAAAAACAAGUCUUAUUUUCAUCAAUAACCAGUGAUCUUCAGUCUUUUUAUCGUAGUCUACUUCGUUUAACUCUUCGUUUCGCAAUGCAUCAUGGUGAUGUCAGCUACUGCUACAUCGUCACUUUGAGGAAGAAUGCGGCGUAGCGCGCCGCGGCGCCGCUCGUAGCUGCCUGUUUUUAUGAAGAAAAAAUUAAGGUUAUUGCUAAUCUAGUCGAGAACACGAAAGUUGAAACGAAACACCGUAGGAAUUAGUACUAAAGGCGAUUAACAGACUCAGUCUCAGACUGGAUGAAAGUAGGCUACGACAAUAGCAACUGAUGAACUAGCCGCGGUUGUUUCAUAGUCCUCAAAUUUCUUCUUCUACGUAGCUGCAGGUAAAUACAAAAGGAGCUAAUUCAUGUUAAUGCACUUGGCCAGAAGGCACCAGGCGCGUUUCAUCAAGAUCUAGAUCAACCAGAGAACAAAACAAAAAAGAGCCCUGCUUCUGAAGACUUCGAACCCACGCCCACCACAACCUUAAAAUUCAAAAAUUUUCCUCGUCCCCAUGCCAGACUGGUGGAGAAAAGAACUACUCCAGCUCAGUUGUACUAAUACAAGAAUUAUCUUGCUUGUUUAAAUCUUGAAGAUUAUGUGAAGAUUCUUGACCACGUGUAAAUAUUUUGAGAACAUCAACAAUUUUAGUUGAGAAAAAAAGAACGAGAAGCAGUUUC